GAGAAGUGGAAGAUUAAAACCGAAGCCCGUUCCCUUCCUUCUCUCCCUCCCGACUCCCUCCUACUCUUCUCGGGAUUUCUCUCUGUGGCUUUUUUUUCAAUUUCCAUUUUUUAGGGGGUUGGUUGUAUCACCACCGACGAAAACACUCAUUCAGGAUCAACCGAAUCGCAUUUGAUCUUGCAUAUCAUUUCGUACAACCCGAUAUCCAGGUCGAGGUCGCCAGUCCCGACACCACAUUUGGUCUCCACCCCAUCCGGGCCGGCGCCGAUUGCUUUUCUCGUCUCCACCUCUCCGUUCCGGGGCCCCGAUUACACCUCCGGAUCACCACCGACCUCACAACUACAAUUGAUAUUGAAAUCGAACAACCGACACAAUGUCUACAACAACAGCCUCGGCCGGCCUACCGGCCUCCACACCCCAAUUCCAUCCGGGGUACGACACCUGCACCGAAGUGACGCCCAUCUGUCGUGUCGAAUACACCACCCUCGGUUACUACCCCAACCAAGGCGUCAACAUCUUUUUGGCCAUCGGCUUUGGUCUGUGUGCGAUUAUCACGCUUGUUAUCGGUAUCUGGAAGCGAACGUGGGGAUACUCUAUCGCCAUCACAGCGGGGUGUAUUUUGGAGUGUGCUGGCUACGCAUCCCGCGCCCUCCUCUCCCUCAACCCGUGGAACGGCUCCGCAUUCAAGACCCAAAUCGUCUCCAUCAUCCUCGGCCCCACCCUCAUCUGCAUCGGCCUUUAUUUGACUCUCAAACACAUCGUCGCCUCCUUGUCCCCCUCUCUCAGUCCCUUCCGCCCGCGCUUCUAUCCCCUGUUUUUCGUCCCCGCCGACGUCUCUUGCCUCGUAAUCCAAGCCAUAGGCGGCGGCAUCGCCGCCUCGGCCGGCAAAGACAAUUAUCAGCUCCUCCAACACGGCAACCGCGUCAUCAUCGCCGGUAUCGUCCUCCAAGUCGUCGUGCUAGGUGCAUUCGGGAUCCUGUCCUCCAUCUUUCUGGUUCGAGCCAAAAAGUUCUUUCGCGGCGUACAGGAACAGACAAUGACAAUGGAAAAACAGACAUGGCAAGAUAAGAAAACGAAAAUGUUUCUCUGGGCCAUGGCGGGCGGGUACGCGACGCUUUUGGUCAGGUGCAUUUAUCGGAUUGCCGAGAUGGCGGGCGGGUGGGGGAACGAGAUCAUGCAGGAUGAGCCGAGUUUUGUGGUGCUGGAGAGUUUCAUGGUGUUGAUUGCCUGUGUGCUGUUUACGGCGUUUGCGCCGGGCGUGUGGUUUCCGUGGAUGAGUCAUUCCGAAAAGGUGAAUCCUGGCUUGAGGGCGAGGGGUAAUGGUGUUGGACAGCAGGGGCAGGAAAUGGGGGAGACGAGUUCGGGGAAUGAAAAGGUUGUUUCUGUGUAGGAGGGGAGGGAAGUGGUGAUGAUGUGGAUGAGAAGAGCAUGAAGGGAUGGUGUUUGGAUGUGGGGUGGAGCGUUUCUUUCUUGGUUGUAGAUUUGGAUAUCACUGAAGCGUUCACUAUCUGUUUGAUGCAUGCAGUACCGACAAUAAUGAAAGCAAUUCUUGUAU